CGCUUCCAUCGUAUCACAUAACGAGAGUUUCCCUGAAAAAAUUGCAAACAAUCACCAUGGCUUCUUUAAGCAAAGACCACCGAGGGACUGAUACCUCUGGUGAUGAACAGUGUCAGGUAGAGCUUCCCACGAAGGGUCUGAAAAGCCCACAGGAUACUUCUCAAUCUUCCGGGAGUCUCAGAUAUCAUGAUUGGGAUCAGCUCCAAGAAGAAUAUAUUGAUUCCAUGGAAAAGCAUGAGCGAGCUGAACAGGAGCUACGCGGCCAUGUCUCCCAACUGCUAGAGAUCUUUAUGGCUUGGUCUGAGACCACUAUUACGCGUGAUGAACUUAGAGCACUCAAAAGAUUCAAAACACAAAUGCAACACGUCCAAACAUCUGAAGAGAGUCUAGAGCUGAAACGUAGACACUAUGUAGAUGUGGUGAAGGCAUUCGAGAGUGCCCUUGCGCUGUUAAACGACCGCAUAAAUUCCUGAUGCUGGCUGGGCGCGAAUACUUGAGGAUUGGGCUCUCCCUUUCUAUACCGUAUUCCAUACUGAGCCUGAAAAUGGAUGUAUACCAAGCACCUAAUGGAAUCUCAAUGUUUGGUAUAGAAAUUAGCGCAGUGAUUAUUGUUCCAGACAUAGACUUGGCUGACACGAAUUGGAAACCAGUUGAGAUGGGUUAAAUACUAG